AUGCUAAGCUACGGUUUCCAGAUCCGCGCACGACGUCUCGCUAAGCUGGGCACAUCGACGCCCGUGUCCACCAAGUCGGACGAGAACAAGAUUCCCGAUUCCGAAUCGUCCAACCCCUCGCGAACCUCAACGCCAAAGCCCCAGCCCGAUGCCGAUUCAAGGCCCAAGAUUAAUAUCACUUCCUCCGCCCCGGCGGCAUCUUCUAGCCAGAACCCUUUCAACAAGCUAGGGGUCAAGGCAGAGCCGCCCAAACCAACAGGUAGCCCCCGUGUGAACCGCAAGAGAUUGGCAUCUGAGAUUGACGACGCUGCCCCAGCGGAUCGAGCCUCCCCGAAACCCGUCAACACUCAGCCCGAGUCUGAUGUCGACUACGCCGACCGAGUACUUUCACAGAUCUUCCGCGUCACUGUGGACCCGCACAACAUGAUCAACAGCCACGGUCAACGGCUAACAUUCCUUCCGAACCUCAACCAAGAGCUAAACGAGUCGGGAGAGCCUCUGAAGCUUUCCCUUAACACACUAGAUCAAGCUCUCAUGGAGGCGGCCAGCAGCUAUCCCCAGGAUAAGCCCCUCAUGAACUACUUCCUACCAUGUUGGAAGCGUGUUGUGAAGGCGUCUGUCCAGCACAAGGCAACGGAAGGAACCAAGUUCGAAGUGCUUGAAGAGGCAAAGCGUUUGUGUAUGAGCGGCUGUCUUUUUGCAUUGACCAUGCCGGACCUUUACGGGAGACAACCCAACCCUAAGCAUGAUACACUCAUGCCAUUUCUCUUGAAAGGCGUGCAAGACGAGGGAGGCCUUUGUUUCGCCUUCAUCCAGGAGGCUAUCAAGCGAUUUGACGAUGAUGAUACCAUCCCUGCCCUUUUCAACGACGCAAUGGUACAAAUCAGCAGCAAGCUAGGUGAAAUCACUAUGGAUCAGGACUACAAGCCGUACAUCCAAGCUAUGAUGACUUACACGAGGUUCCCACCUCUGAUUGUCAACUUGGCCAAGCACUCUUGCUUCAAAAUGGCCCAGUCCGCUCCUGGCAUUGAGAAGCAUACCAUUCUCGGACCUUUCUUCCGAAUCUCACCACUUCAGGGCGAAGUUAUCAGGAGUUACUUCCCAGGAGCUCGUACUCUCGAUAAGAGCAGAGUUGCAACCGCCCAAGACGCACUGCGAAUGGUCUUGAGGACACAUCAAGACGACCUUUUUGCAAUCACAAACGCGUUUAUCCGAGCAGGACAGGACACAAGAUCCCGAACCUUGGAUUGGUUUGCCUACAUCAUGAACACAAACCACAAGAGGAGGGCAAUUCAGGUGGAUCCACGAGAGGUUGCUUCGAAUGGAUUUAUGAUUAACGUGACCACGAUUCUAGACCGAUUUUGCGAGCCUUUCAUGGACAUGGACUUCAGCAAGGUGAAUAAGAUCGAUGACAACUAUUUUAGAAAGCAACCACGCAUAGACAUCACGGAUGAGACAAAGCUGAACGCCGACCAAUCGGCUUCAGAAGCAUUCUACGAAGACAAAAUGCCCGGCGAAACCAACUUCAUCUCUGAAGCUUUCUUCUUGACUCUGGCGGCUCAUCACUAUGGAAGUGAAGCUUGCAACUCCCAGUUGAAAAACUUGGACAGGGACAUCAAAUAUCUGGAGAAGCGAGUUCAGGCUAUGGAGGCAGAACGAGUCAAGUUCCUGGGUGCUCCCGUGCAGCUGGAGCAGUACGACAAGGCGGUCAAGAGACAUGUCGACGCGCUCGAAAAGAGCAUCGGCGUCAAGCUAUCAAUCGAGGGUGUUUUGCUCGACGAGCGAAUGCAGAGCACAUCGUUGCGCUUCAUGCGAAUUGUGGCUGUUUGGCUGCUUCGUUUGGUGACUCGAUCAGAGUACAAGCCUGGUCAAGAGUCGAAGGAGAUACAAUUGCCCCUUCCCGCAGAAAAGUCGGAUGUUUUCUCAUGCCUCCCCGAAUACACAUUACAGAACAUAGUGGAUAACUUCAAGUUCAUCUUUAGAUGGUUACCUAAGAUCCUCCCCAGUGCUGUUGGCGACGAAAUGAUUGCGCUUUGCGUAACAUUCCUUCGAUCAACAGAGUACAUCAAGAAUCCUUAUCUCAAGUCUUCACUGGUCUCACUGCUUUUCUCGGCUACUUGGCCGUUGAUGCAUCUCAAGCGAGGAGUCUUGGGCGACCAGCUUGUUGGCAGUCAGUUUGCCAAUGACCAUCUCCUGAAGGGCUUGAUGAAGUUUUACAUUGAGUGCGAGUCCACGGGUGCUGACUCUGCAUUCUACGACAAAUUCAACAUCCGAUAUGAGAUCUUUCAGGUCAUCAAGUGUGUUUGGGUUAAUGAUCACUACAAGCGACAGUUGACACGAGAAAGCCGGGUCAACAAACAAUUCUUUGUCCAGUUUGUCAAUAUGUUGCUGAAUGACGCGACAUAUGUCUUGGACGAGGCCCUUUCUAAAUUCCCUAAAAUCAGAGCUAUCGAGAGAGAUCUCGAGGACCCAGCGCUAAACACCGAGGACCGCCAAAAGAAGGACGAAGAGCUGCAGCAGUUGGCUAACCAGGCGACAUCCUUUAUGCAACUGGCCAAUGAGACACUCGAAAUGAUGAAGCUCUUCACUGACGCCAUGGGUGAGGCCUUCACUAUGCCUGAGAUUGUGUCUCGACUCGCGAGCAUGCUCAACUACAACCUGGAGACACUUGCCGGCAAGAAGGCUGCAGCCGAACUCAGUGUCAGCAACAGGGAUAAGUACCAUUUCCGCCCUAUUCAGAUCAUAUCCGACAUUGUGGAUAUUUACCUCAAUCUCGGUACAUCAUCUGUCUUUAUCGACGCCGUAGCUGCGGAUGGUCGUUCUUACAAGCCUGAAGUGCUCGAGCGUGUCUCACGUAUCCUCACAUCAAAGAACCAGAAGGACCCAGCUGUUAUUGCUAGAUGGGACAAGCUGAGAGUCAAGUUUGAGGAGGCCAAGAUAAUCCUCGAUCAGGCGGAACUGGACUUUGGCGAUAUCCCGGCCGAGUUCGAAGACCCUAUUAUGGGAGACCUCAUGAAGGAUCCUGUCCUUCUACCCAGCAAGCACAUUGUUGACCGAUCCACCAUCGUUCAGCAUUUACUGAGCGAUCCUAAAGAUCCUUUCACUCGACAGGCCAUGACCAUCGACGAUGCUAUUCCACAGACGGAGCUCAAGGAGAAGAUUGAGCAAUGGCGUGAGGAGCGGGUACAGGCUGCCAAAGACAAACUCAAGAGCGAAGCUAUGGAUACUACGGAAGGCUAG